CAGGUAUUUCUGAAGCGUUUCUCACGAUUUUUCUCAUCUGUACUUGGAUAUCUCUUCAAUUUGGGAUUUUUCUUGUUAGAAUUCGAUUCCAAUUAGAAUGAAUCCUUUACUACUUUAAUCCAAUGAGUGAGAGGAAGCUUCCCAGCUCAAUGCCUCACACCGCAUCGUCAGCAAGGAAGCAUGGUGCAGAUCAGAUGGACGCCCAAAAGUCGCAGCGUGCCAAGAUGGGAAGGCUUGCGGAGGACAGCGAGAAAAAGGUUCACGUUAAAAGACUCAAGGAUGUCGAGAUUAGUAUUCCAAUAGUAUAUGGAACUAUAUCAUUUUGGCUUGGUAAAAAGGCGAGCGAGUAUCAGUCACAUAAGUGGACCGUAUAUGUUCGUGGGGCAACGAAUGAGGAUCUGAGUGUAGUAGUCAAACGCGUUGUGUUUCAACUGCAUCCGAGUUUUAAUAAUCCCACAAGGGUUGUGGAAUCAGCCCCUUUUGAAUUAUCAGAAUCUGGAUGGGGUGAAUUUGAGAUUGCCAUUACCCUCUUUUUCCGUGGUGAUGCCUGUGAUAAGCAGUUGGACUUAUAUCACCAUCUAAAGCUGUACCCAGAGGAUGAAUCCGGACCUCAAUCAACAAAGAAACCGGUUGUUGUGGAAUCUUAUGAUGAAAUUGUUUUUUCCGAACCUACAGAAGUGUUCUUUGCUCGAGUCCAGAAUCACCCAGCUGCAAUUGUGCCCAGGCUACCAGCUGGUUUAAACUUACCUCCUGCUGUACCAAUUGAAAAUGCAAAUGAAAAGAGAAGAUUUGAUAGUAAAGAUCAUUCACUAAGUCAGUGGUUCAUGAAUUUCUCAGAAGCGGAUGAGCUUUCAAAACUUGCAGCUGCUCGUCAGCAGGUUAGAAUGUACAGGCUCAUAUUGUUAAGCUCAGGAGACAGUUGAGCUUGAUGGACGGACAGCCUCAGCAGUCAAAACUCACAUCUGUUUCUGGUCAGUAGAUGUAUCAUAAGCCACUACGUUGACAUCUAUGAAAAUAUAAACAGGUGAUGGUCAAAAACAUUAUAUGAAUUAUCUCAGCUCUUGACGAAUUGAUUCGGUGCCGAUGCCGUCUUGCAUGGUGGUCUCUUCUUGCCAGCAAAGGGUUAUUUUGUACCAAACAACAAAGAAACAGAAAAAGGGAAAUGUAUUUGUUGCCUUUUCUUGCAGUUAAUCAUUAGGGUACAAUUUUAAAAAAGGACUAUCUUCUUCA